AGUUACAGUCGAACUCGCCGCUUGAAAGGACAUACAAUGACCAGAAAAAAAUCAAAGCUUAAUUUAAACAAAAAGAAAAGAAAGAGGGAUAAAUCAAAAUCCACUGAGUCUGAUGAGCUGCAAAGGUCUUAUCUAUCAGAACAAGGAAAAUCCCCAUCUACAUCACCAAAGCGAAAAGAACUUAAAGUCACUGAAACAGGUGCUUCAGCUUGGUCACUUUUAGAAACCGCAACCUUAUUUACAAACAGCAGAGCUCUUAACAAAACAUGUACCAAUGCCAACGAAAUAACAAUAAGUGAAAGCAUCAGCAAUCAAUUAAGCGAGGAGAAAGAAAAAAAUAACAUCGACAAUGAACUAACUUUAGAUGAAGCUGAAUGGAAAACAGACAUUGAUGAAAUGAUUCAACUAGCACCAAUGGUGUUACAUAAUCUUGCGUUGGAGGGUUUGGAAAAGACAAUUCCACAAUUUUUUAGGCAAGUAGCUUCGGGGGUAUUUCCCCUUCAUAACAUAGCGUUUUUGCUAUGGGUUGAAAUGGUUCGAUGGUAUGAUAAUACAACAUCAACAAACAUGAGAUAUUUUGAUCAAACGAAGCAGUUUUGGAAGCUUGGCUGGAGAAUUUUUGGAGGCAAAUUUAUAAGAUUCAUGACGGGUUACAAAAACAUUUCCCAAAUUUUAGAUGGCGACACAACCAGGGGGUUAUUUGCUCCUCAUUUGUCAAACAUUAAUUUUGCAGUCCCAACCAUCGAUGUUCUGAGAGAAUAUAGUAAUUAUGGAAACGACAGUGCUAAUCCAAAAACACCUGGAAUAUAUCAAGAUGUAAUGAACACAGUGUCUCAUGCAUUACAAAGUACAUCGGCAUGUCUGACGUUUGACGGGAAAAAAUUGAAGCAAGGACUUACUAUGGACAGUGGAGAUAUCGAUUUGCUUGGGUAUGAGGAAGAUGGCUGUACUCUCCAGGCUAAAAAAGACGAACGAUCAAAGCUAGUUUUCGAACUUAAACAAAUGGCAGAUAAGAUUAUUUUUCUCCAAGAUUCGAAUUCAGAACAUCUAAUAAAAUCAAAUUUGCUUACAGAACUUCAAUUACUUUUAGAACAUUUUCAUGAAAAAAUAUCAAGAAAUGCACAGCAGAUAAGAGACAUAAAAACAAAGAAGGAAUACGCUAAAGCCAAAUUUAUUGAACGUGGAGGACAAGAUUGGAGAAACGGAAAAUUUGUGUAUGUAAUAAGUGCAAUCCAUGCCUUUUUAUAUGAUAUUAACUGUUUCCUGAAGAAGCAUAAAACCGUUAUUCAACAAAUUUGUCAGAUACGAUCUCAGCUACAUUGCAGUGACCUGUAUUCCUCUAGAAGUGAAAUGAACUUAGAAGUUUUUCCAAAUUACGUACCAUUGAUAGAAAAUUAUACCACAGAAAACCCUCGUUUCAUCAAACAAAAAACUGAAAAGUGGUUUGAACUCCGUAAGAAAGCAAAAGUUACAGGAAGUACUAUUUACAAAGCUUUAGGUAUGGACAGUUUAAAGAAACAAAAGGAGUACUUCGACCAUGUUAUAUGUGGUGUCCCCGAGAAGUCUGUAUCUGCAACUCAAUUAUCAAACAUGAAAUAUGGAACAGAGAAUGAAGUGAAUGGAAUAGCAACUUUGGUGUCUAGAAUUAUGCCGGUAGCAUACCCACAAUUGCAAUAUUUUGAAGAAGGGUGCUUUGAGAUAAAAGAUGUUAACAAACCGUUUAUGGUUGUUUCGCCUGAUGGAAGUCUUGGUAAAAUAUCUGAUGAAAAUCAAAACAGUCUUUCGGAAGUGGCUGUAGAAAUCAAGUGUCCUGUGUCUGCAGUACAUAAAGAGAUUCCAGUUCGAUAUUAUUUGCAGUGCUUGGCAGAGAUGGAAGUGAUAGAUGUUUCAAAAUUAGUAUUUGUCAGUUGGACACCAACAACUAGUACUGCUUUUGAAAUUCAACGAAACAAACCACUUUUCCAGAAAUCUUUAGAUAUCGUAAAAGACAUUUAUUGCUGUGAAAACCCAAGGAAGCCGUCUAAGCUAUCUAGAGAUAUUUUAGACAUGAAAAAGCAAAUUGCAGAUGAAUGUAAGAAGGCGAAAUUUAUGGGAGAGUUCCUUUCAUCUUCAAACGUGGACAUUCCUUCAACGACAAAGGUGUGUAAUGUUUAA